CGGUCAUUGCAUACUAAAAAAAGACCCUUGUUCCACCAUAUUUUUGAUAUAAAAACGCGAUCUUUUUCAUCUUUUCAGAGACUCUAUCACAUUAUUAAAACAUGUCUGCUGAACUCCAAUUAUAUACUUUCAAGUUGUCUCUCUGGGCUGGUGCUGCUCGUUUGGCUGUCAAUGAACUCAAUAUUCCUGGCGUUAAGCAAGUCGAAGUUGACCUUUCUAAAGCUGAAAACUUUUCUCCCGAAUUCUUAAAGAUCAACCCCAAACACACUAUUCCCGCAUUAGAAGUGAUUGAACACGGUAGCAAGAGAUACCUAGAUGACACCAAGUCAGUAGUAGAAUACUUGGACAAACAUACUGGAAACUCAUUGAGUCUUCCUGAAAAGCAAGCUGAAAUUGAUACCUUCUUGAAGGAAAUUCAUGAAGAUGCUGAUGUUGGUAACCCUCUUUUCUUUACAUCUGGUAAUCCCGAAGAAUUACAAGCCAAGAAGAACGAUGUAGUUCCUUUCUUAGAAAACCGUAUUAAGGGUUGGGAGACCUACUCAAAGCAAGCACCUGAACAUACUGAACUCUACAAUAAAAACAUCCAAGAAACAAAGGGUCUUCUCGGCUUCUAUACUGGACCUAAUCCUCAACCUAUGUUCGAUCUCAACAAGAAAUUAUGGGAAUCUGGUUCCAAGUUCUUGGAUCACGUUGAGUCUCUCUUGAAACAAAAUGGUGAUUAUGUCUUCGGUACCUAUUCUGUUGCUGACAUCCAUUUGACGCCUUAUCUUUUCCGUAUGUUGUUGGUUCGCAAGCCUGAAGAGGUCUUUGGUAACCGUCCCCAUUUGAAGGCUUAUUACGAGCGUGUUCAAUCUCGUCCUAGUUUCAAACAAACCUUUGCAUAAAUUGUAUCAUAGUGUAUUUAGAUAAUCCAAAUAAAUAAAGCGUGUUUAAUCUAAA